AUGUGCCGCCGCUCGCCUCUCAGAGUGACGUGCCUUAUCCAAGGGGACGGUCACCCAUCCAAACCGGCAGACACACACACUCUCUCGCUCCUCUCACUCACACACCACCACAGCGCUCACACGCCCACCAAACACGAGGUUGCCCGUGGUGCCAUCCUGGCGCGCUUCCAGGAUUCCCCAAGACAGUUGUGUACUGUGUACCAUGUACCAGAACCAGAGUACUGCGCGAAGGACACCCCCAGGACAGGAGCCCUUCGGCGGGUCGUGUUGAUGCCACAGGGGGCCAGGUGCACACCAUUGGCCGGCCGCCCGUCCAUGGCAUUGAGCCAGACUGCGCUAGACAGGGAGACGCUUCCAUGGGGCAAUUGGUCCCGAAAGGUCCACAGAGGAAUAGUCCGUUCUUGGUUGGCUUGUUGCCGUCAUAGUAAGAGGAUGCAAGUCUCAUCAUCCACCCACUCUGGCUCCCACGGCCGGAGGCCUGGGAUUCAGACAGAGAUCCAGCACCCGCCAGAAGCAGGUGGCCAGCCGGUGUUGAUGUUGGUUGCGCGAGGGUCCCGUAUCGUACUGCCUCGCGGCCGAUGCUGGGGCUCGCGUGUCGAUACCUCGCCCUGCUAUCUUUCCGCCCCAGCACGCACCGUUGCACGGUGUUUCCAGUGCAGGAGCCGCCCGGGUCUGGGAAUGUUGAGGUUUUCUGUGAUGUGGGCGAAAACGGCCCAAGAGGGUUUGACCUUCAAUUCGCCAUCGCAAACGUCUUGGUCAAGUAUCCGGCCCUUUACCACCUACCCAGGUGCGGCUUCCGAGACCAAUGUACCACCAACGUCGGUACCAGUACUUGGCCUGAGACUCGGUCCAAAAUGGCACCUCAUCAACGAGACCGCUGGAUCAUCGCCGGCCAGCCGAUCGGUCCUGCGAGCCUCCCCCCAGAAUCUGCUCAGGAAAUUGACCUUGUUCCCAAGAGGGAAGAAUCUCCCAGGGCGCCGUAAGCAGAAGACACCAAUUCGGCCAGGUCGCAUGGCCCCUAUGAGAUCGAAAUCAAACCGGUCCCUGUCUCCUGCAUUGCCUGGCCCCGGCUGUGGCUUGCCGGGACCUCAAAUUUCCCCAGGACUCGGUCAUGGGCAUGGCACUGGAUCAUCUGCUUCUGUCCUGAGGUUGGAUCAAGACGACGCCGGCCAGGACGAAGCGCGUGGCCCCGUACGCCUCAUUCUGACUGCCUCCCAUGGCCUGCAGUAG